AUGUCAGCGACAUGGAAUAAAUCCUCUCCGUGCUUUGCCGAGGCUCUGCAGAUAUUACCUCCAGGCGUGGAAGUGGCCGUGUUUCGACCUAAAGUCGAUGAGCUUUCUCUUCUGAGAAUUAACAACGUUAGCAUGGCAAGAAUCAACACGACUCAAAGGGUAUCGUGUCUUCUCCUCGACAAUUCUUAUCCCCACUGGGACGGCUUCCUUCUCUAA